AUGUCUAGUCAAGCAUUUAGUCUGACUCUAAACCCUCUAGGCACAUAUCAGGGAAUUCACCCUUCAGCAGCUAUUUCGGCUGUCAGCCACCGGGUGUCAGCCGUGAAACUGGCACCUAAACUCAGCCAAGACGGAUAUGUCCAGAUACACAAGACGAUCUAUAAAGGCAAUGGAGCUAUUUGGUCCAUCGCUGAAGGAUCCUACAUGGAUGCUCCAGUUGUCUGGACGACUUUGUCCAAGGGUGCCACGCUGGUGAUAGCCUCCCCAUCACACUUCCUGGAGGUGCCUUUUGGCGAGCUUAUCCCCGGGGUGAAGGUUGUCUUGGUCGAUGAGGAGAAUGAAGGAGUCCAACUAUGGCGAGGUCCUGAUCUCAGGACCUGCCGUCCACAGGUUGAUGUUGAAGAACUACGCAAAUUUAUGCAGAGUCGUGCAGAUCCGUUUGUCAUGCCUGAUAUGAUCUUCGCCAUGGACAGUUUCCCUCUCAAUGUCAAUAGUAAGACAGAUCGCUUAGCGCUCCAGGCCCAAUUGGACGGGAAGCUGGCCCAAGAUGAUGAUCCCCACGAAGGCGCUUCUCUUCUCGAGACAAAUAGUCUCACGGCUUAUGACGCGUUACGUUUGGCCUUUCCCCGGUGUCUGCAGAACCGAUUCAGGAAUAUGGACCGGAGCUCGUCUUUCACGCGACUGGGAGGAAACUCGUGGGCGGCCAUUCAAGUUUCAAACUUUCUAGAGCAGCCAGGGUACUCGAUUCCAGCCGCGCAAGUCCUCAAACUAGACACGAUCGAACGGCUGGAAGAUCGCCUGAGAAGCCAGUCUAACGUCGAAGUUGCGGAAGAAGGGGGCAGGAGCUUGCAGGCUACAGCGACACCUGUGCAGAGGCUCUUCCACACCCGGUCUUUAUGGAAAAGCAACAAGGACCGCCAGAAGCAUUAUUAUACGCUAUCGUGGUACAUCACCCAGCGGGGUGAGCAUGUGGCGACGGACUUUGAGGUUCAAUUGGAGAAGGUUUAUCUCUACCGCUUUACACCACUACAAAAUACGGCUAAUAUCAGCAUAGAGUUAGUCCACUGUGACAAGUGUAGAUAG